AUGGCGACGGCGGCGGCGGCGGAGGGGGCGGCGGGGGNNNGGUCGCAGAAGGACGCGGUGUUCGCCGCCUACACGCCGUUCGUCGUCUGCUUGGCUGCGGGGAGGCUGGACGUCGAGGUUUUCCGGCAAUACAUUGCGCAGGACGCGCAUUUCCUCAGGGCUUUUGCUAGCGCAUAUGAGAUGGCAGCUGAGUAUGCUGAUGAUGAUGAUGAAAAGACGGUGAUUCUUGAUCUGAGGAAAGCUACUCUGGAGGAGCUGAAAUUGCAUGAUUCAGUUAUGAAAGAAUGGGGUGUUGAUCCAAACAAAGAGAUAGCUCCCAAUCCUGCAACACUUAAGUAUACAGAGUUCGUUCUUGCAACAGCUAAAGGGAAAGUUGAUGGAGGUAAAGGCCCUGGUCAGAUUGCCACUCCUUUUGAGAAGACCAAAAUCGCUGCUUAUGCAAUAAGUGCUAUGACCCCUUGCAUGAGGCUUUAUGCUCAUUUGGGCAAAGAGCUCCAAAUGUUUCUUCCUCAUGAUGGAGGCGAUCAUCCCUAUAAGAAGUGGAUUGACUAUUAUUCAUCCAAAAGUUUUGAGGCAGAAACUGUACAAAUAGAGGAAUUGCUUGACAAACUGAGUGUUCCACUUACCGGGGAGGAGCUUGAUUUAAUAGAAAAACUUUACCAUCAGGCUAUGAAACUUGAGACUGAGUUCUUUUCUGCUCAGCCAAUUACUCAGCAAUCUGUAGUUCCGUUGACGAAGCUAAAUGAUCCGAUCGAACGUCUAUACAUAUUUUCUGGUUUUGACUUGACAUGUACCAUAGUCGACUCUUCCGCGAUUUUAGCAGAGAUUGCAAUUUUGACUGCAUCUAAGAUUGACCAGGGUAUUGCUGAGGCAAAAAAGAUUUCUUCAGAUAUGAGAAGCUCUUGGGAUGCCCUUUCAAGUAAAUAUACUGAGGAGUAUGAAGCUUGCAUUGAAGGCUUACUUCCAAAAGAAGAAGUUAAGGAAUUUGAUUAUGAACAUCUACAUAAAAGUCUUGAGCAGCUUGCCAACUUUGAGAAACGCACGAAUUCAAGGGUUGUUGAAUCAGGAAUGCUGAGAGGGGUAAACUUACAUGACAUAAAAAGGGCAGGGGAACAUUUGAAGCUCCAUGAUGGGUGUAAAGAUUUUUUUCAGAAGAUUGUGAAGAAGAAGGAAACCCUGACGGUCGAUCUUCAUAUCCUCUCAUAUUGUUGGUGUGCAGAUCUUAUAAGGUCAGCCUUCUCGUCAGUGGGCUGUCUCAAUGAGCUUUCCAUACACUCGAAUGAAUUCAACUUUGAAGGUUCUAUUUCAACGGGAGAGAUCGACAUAAAGAUGCAGUCACCGGUAGACAAGGUCGAAGCAGUUAAUAACGUCUUGAAUCAGAACAGCAGCAACAAAUAUUUAUCUGUCUACAUUGGGGGCUCAGUUGGCGACUUGCUGUGUCUACUAAAAGCUGACGUCGGUAUUGUUGUGGGAUCAAGCGGAAGCUUAAGGAGAGUUGGGAAGCAGUUCGGUGUUUCUUUUGUUCCACUCUUCCCUGGUGUUGUAGCUAAACAGAGGGAAGGCUCUGCAUGGAGAGGUUUAUCUGGCACUCUCUAUACUGCUUCAAACUGGUCAGAGAUACAGGCUUUUGUUCUGGGAACAUAGGAAAUUCUUUUAGUCGUUACAGUAUUCUUGCCUUGUUUUUACGUGCAAGAUUUUAGGCAUUCUUGUAGACAAGAAGAUAUAGGUACUAAUUUUUGGCUCAUUUUAAAAGAAGCCACAGUUCAACUGCCUCUCAGUGUCAUCCUCCUAUGUUUGCUUUAAAGUGAAAAAAAAAAAUUCCUGCUAGUCUUCCUGCUGAUUUCAGGAUUUGAUGACAUCGUAGGCAACGAGAAGAACUCCCAAUAGCUUUGGUCUAAUGCAUGUAUUGGUUUAUCCUUCCUUUACGCUUGAACAUAAGUAGGCAUAUUCCUGUAAUCAAUUUGUCAUGUAAUCAAUUGUAUGAAAGAUAAGAGUGUGUGAAAAUAAUGUGUCAGUUUCUAGCUGAGGGGACUCAUAGAGAUGUUAAAAACAGGUCAAUUCGAUUGUUUCAGUUGAGAGUCUCUCUGUCAAUACGGGAGCUCAAUUUGAUUGUUUCAGUUGCAAACCUGAUCGGUAAAAAUGCUCAAUUGUAAAAAUGCGACUAUUAUUAGUA